GCCUUAUCACUACUAGGAUUAUUCAUAACAGAAAAAUAUAAAUGGAAGUCAACAAAAUGAGUUCGGCAAAUGGAUAGAUUUUAAAUAUAUUAUCAGAUAAAAGUAACCAUAAUGUUCAACAUGGUUUGUAAAGGAAAACUCAUCAAUAAGGCGUUGUAUACAACGCUGAUGGUUGUGAUCACUCUCCAGUUACUAAGCACACUGGAGAGACAAGUGUUUGAUUUUCUAGGAUAUAUGUGGGCCCCUAUCAUUGCCAACACAGUUCAAAUCAUCUGUUGCAUACUCGGGAUAUUUGGAACAUAUCAGAUGAAAGCACAAUUUGUAGUAGUGUAUUCAACAUGGUCAUUAAUGUGGCUAGGAUGGAAUAUUUUUGUUAUCUGUCUUUACUUAGAAGUCGGUGUUCUUAAUAGAAACAGAGAUCUCUUCAUUUUAACCAUUGGUACAAAGAACAAGAGCUGGUGGCUGGAGCAUGGAAUUGGAUGUAAGAUCACAAAUGACACCUGGAUGAGCGAAAAUCCAGUCAAGACCAGCAGACUCAUCCCUCCGGAGGAAGCAGUGGAGGGCUGCCUUCUAGAUUACUACUACGUGGAGGUCAUCCACGCGGGAGUCCAGUGUCUGUUGGCUUUGAUUGGAUUCACUUCAUCAUGUGUUAGCAUAUCUGCAUUUAAGGAAGAAGAAGAGAGUUGUAGAGAAAAAAUUCUAUACUUCCCUGCACCAUCUUCAGCAAACGAUGAAUUAGAAUUUGUCAAAAUGUACUCCAACUCCUCCCCCUCCCGACGUCGGUACCAGAGUAACGACAAUAUGACCCUGUCCUACGACAACCCAGCCACUGAGUUCCCCACCCUGGACCGCCCGCCCAGCUACGAGACCAGCAUGAGAGAGAGCACCACAGUCAAUGACCACUACGGUGCAGACCGGCGCAGUGUACGCAGCGUGCGCAGUGUCAGAAGUAAGGCCAGCAAUAAAUCAAAGACAAAGAAUGAGCGGCGCGAGGAACUGCCGUGGGUACAGAUUACCCCCUCAGCAAACAGCAUAGACCAGCCAUUCCGGCACUACCCCUAGCAACAACGUCCAAUCUAGAUCUUAUUUAAUAUUGGCAUUGCAUUUUUUUUUCUGAUGUAGCAGAUACUUUACCAACUGAAUUCCAUUAUGUGUUUAUGAAUUAUGAUGAAAUACUUAAUUAGAAUGCAAUGAAAAUAUUUUGUAUGUGGACAUUUGGAAGGAAUUCAUUCGAGUGGGAUCUUAGUGAUUUAACAUGCUUCAGUGAAGUUUGUUGUGUGUGCUCUAUUACCUUGUGAAUUGUCAAUGCAAAUAUGGAUGUUUUUAUUGUAUACAUGUAUAUGCCAUGAUAUUAUUACAUGUACAUGUACUUAUAAUACCUAGAAAUAAGUACAUGUAUAUCUGAGGUAUGCUAGGCUGUAUGUAGCUUUGAUUUUAUUGUGAAAAUAUCGAGCAGUAUGUGUUCCUACAUCGUCAGACCCCUCAGGUUUCCUAUGCGUUACACUGAAAGCAGUGUAACGGAUAGAAAACCCUUGGGUUUCGACG